AUGGAAAAAGGCAAAUCUGCAAAAGAACUCACUGCCAUUAGCACAAGCAAGCGUCCCUCGGCAAGUGAUACAGGCAGUGGUACUAGAAGCAAGCCUCUUUCAAUGGUUGAGGAUGUUACUGGUGGCUCAAGUACAACAGCUAGAUCGAAGACAGUAUCCCUUGCGCGCACCACACCCAGCAGUAUAGCUGGAAGUAAACCCAAAAGCGGAAAAUCAUUGACAGCAAAAUCUCCAAUGCAUAGGAAAUCAAGUAGUACAAAGUCUCCCAGGCAUGGAAAAUCCAGGAGUUCAAAAUCCAAGAAAAGCCUUAUGAAAAAGGUUCUAUCAAGAUCGCUAGGCUUAUCUCCAGCCCGCUCUAUAGCGCAGUCGAGGCCAUCAUCGGUAAGUGUAUUUGCUGCAAAUUCUCUAUAA